GGAGAGGUGUGUAGACGUCAGGAUCUGGGGAAUAUAUAUAUAAGUUCAGAAUCAGCAGCGAAAUCAGCAAGAUGAAGAUGUUCUCGACACUGAGUUUGGUGUUUGUGAUCACUCUCCUAACCAAAGGGUGUGACUGCCAAGCUUUUGCGUGUGGCAGUGCGCCCCUCAACACUAAGAUCGUUGGGGGACAGGAUGCCUCUGCUGGCGCUUGGCCGUGGCAGGCCAGCCUUCACCAGGAUGGGAGUCAUUUCUGUGGUGGAUCGCUCAUCAACACUGAAUGGAUUCUGACUGCAGCUCACUGCUUUCCAAGUUCCCCGGACCCUUCGGUCUAUACUGUGUACCUGGGUCGACAGAGUCAAGACCUACCCAACCCAAACGAGGUGUCCAGGACCGUCUCUCAAGUCAUACUUCAUCCAGAAUACAACAACCUCCCCCAUGACAAUGAUAUGGCUCUGAUGCAUCUCUCCUCGCCUGUGACCUUCACUAAUUACAUACAACCAGUCUGUCUGGCUGCUGAAGGAAGCACAUUCAACAGUGACAUGAUGUGGGUCACAGGUUGGGGAACCAUUAAUUCAGGAGUGCCCCUUCCUUCACCUCAAAUCCUUCAGGAGGUGGAUGUGCCCAUGGUUGGAAACACUAAGUGUAACUGCCUUAAUGGAGGAUCGAUAACAAAUAACAUGAUGUGUGCUGGAUCAUUGGAAGGUGGAAAAGAUUCCUGCCAGGGUGACUCUGGAGGUCCAAUGGUCAUCAGAGAGGGCUCUAGAUGGAUCCAGGCUGGCGUUGUGAGUUUCGGUCAAGGUUGUGCUCUGCCUAAUCUUCCUGGUGUGUAUGCCAGAGUGUCCAAUUACCAGAACUGGAUCUAUCAGCAUGUGGGCAUGAAUAAUGCGGGCUUCGUCCCUUUUACCUCCACUGCGCCUGCUCUAGAUGAGACCUGUCCUUCAGCAAUGCCAGUGUGUGGAGGUACUGCGGGUUCAUGGCCAUGGAUGGCUAGUGUAACUUAUCACAAUUAUCCAAUGUGUGUAGGAACUUUGAUCUCUGAGCAAUUCGUCUUGACCGCUGCUAGCUGCUUUGCCAGGUUCAUGGGUACGGAUGGAUGGGAAGUUGUCCUCGAUGUCGUCCAACCAGACUGCUCCAGCAUGCCAACUGCCACUGAUGUGGCAAAUGUCUUUUUUGACGAUAUUUUAGGAAAUGGUGUAGCAGUCCUGCAAUUGUCUCAUCCGUUUUCUCAAGUUCCCAAUUUACCGGUUAACCUGUAUGAUCUAAACUUUGGCCCUGGUACUCCAUGUUCAGUUAUUGGUUGGGACUCAAGUGCUGGUACAAGUCUACCUUUCCAUGAAUUGCAGACCACCAUUGUAAACUGUGAUCCUUCACAAAGCACACAGAUCAACAUCUGCACCGAGCUGUUACACCUUCAGCAGGAGAAUGAUGGCAGUCCUCUGCUGUGUAGAACGAACGACAUGUGGGUUCAGGCUGGUAUUCUGUCCAUUCCCCCUGGCAGUGAGAACAACCCAUUCUCCAACAGCACAGUCUUCAUCCAGACCUCUCCCUUCUCCUACUUCCUGACUAACACUCUCUACAACGUCCCAUCUAUUCUGGAUGGGGCAGAGUCCUUCUCGCCCCUCUCUCUCACUUACAUCCUUCUGCUCUCUCUCCCAGCAGUCAUCCAGGCCUUUUUCUGAAGCGGCCAUCUGUCACUUCAUCACUGAAUAAACUAACGUAUGCAGUACAUU